AUGAAGCGCUGCCGCCCGCCGGGGUCGGGGCCGCCGUGGAUGAUGCGUUUGACCACCCCGUCCAUUUCCGCCAGCGCCGCCAUCUUGGCGCGUCGGCGCUCACUCGGGUUUGUCCGCUCACGCACCCGGGCGUUUCCGGCAGCGAUCACUCGGGCGUUUCCGGCGGUGAUCACGCGGCUCAACUCGGACUCGGGCGUUUCCGGAGUCGGCUCGUGGACCAAGAGCUUUGCCCAGCUCUCGGGGCUGAGGGACCACCAGAGGGUGCACAAGGGCUUCACCUCCUCCAGCAGCCUGCUGCAACACCAGCGCACCCAUACCGGGGAGCGCCCCUACACCUGCACCCAGUGCGGCAAGGGCUUCACCUUCCCCGGCAACCUGCGGUCCCACCAGCGCAUCCACACUGGCGAGCGCCCCUACACCUGCGCCCAGUGCGGCAAACGCUUCACCCUAUCCGGCACCCUGCUGGAGCACCAGCGAACCCACACCGGAGAGCGCCCCUACACCUGCGCCCAGUGCGGCAAGGGAUUCACCCAUUCCAGCAGCCUCAUAAAGCACCAGCGCACCCACACCGGCGAGCGCCCCUACACCUGUGCCCAUUGCGGCAAGGGCUUCACCCAGUCCUGCAGCCUGCUGUUGCACCAGCGCACCCACACCGGCGAGCGCCCCUACACCUGCGCCCAGUGCGGCAAGGGCUUCACCCGCUCCUCCAAGCUGCUGUCUCACCAGCGGGUGCACACCGGUGAGCGCCCCUACACCUGCACGCAGUGCGGCAAGGGCUUCACCCAGUCCAACAGCCUGCUGGAGCACCAGCGCAUCCACACCGGCGAGCGCCCCUUCACCUGCACCCAGUGUGGCAAGGGCUUCACCCAGUCCAACAGCCUGCUGGAGCACCAGCGCAUCCACACCGGCGAGCGGCCCUACACCUGCGCCCAGUGCGGCAAGGGCUUCACCCGCUCCUCCAAGCUGCUGUCUCACCAGCGCACCCACACCGGUGAGCGCCCCUACACCUGCACGCAGUGCGGCAAGGGCUUCACCCAGUCCAGCACCCUGCUGGAGCACCAGCGCAUCCACACCGGCGAGCGCCCCUUCACCUGCACCCAGUGCGGCAAGGACUUCACCCAGUCCAGCACCCUGCUGGUGCACCAGCGCACCCACACCGGCGAGCGCCCCUACACCUGCACCCAGUGCGGCAAGGGCUUCACCCAUUCCAGCAGCCUGCUGCAGCACCAGCACACCCACACCGGCGAGCGUCCCUACACCUGUGCCCAGUGCGGCAAGGACUUCACCCAGUCCAGCACCCUGCUGGUGCACCAGCGCACCCACACCCACACCGGCGAGCGCCCCUACACCUGCGCCCAGUGCGGCAAGGGCUUCACCUGCUCCACCCAGCUGCUGUCCCACCAGCGGGUGCACACCGGCGACCGUCCCGUCUCCAACCCGGUGGGUGGAGAGCGCUUUGCCAUGGCCUCCCAUGCCCUGUCUCACCAGCGCGUGCACACCAGUGGCCCGCCCUAUGACUGCCCGUACUGCGGUGAGGAGUUUGACAGCUCGCGGGGGUUGCGGCAGCACCGGCGGACCCACGCCGGCGAGCAGCUGCUCCCACUGUGACA